UUCACGGUCUGCAAGCGAGAGGGUCCGGCUAGACACCGCGCAGCGCUCGCUGCCGGUUCCGCAGACGCCUCCAGAGCCCGGAGGCCCCGCCCCCGAGUGCGGGCCCGCCCCUCCCAGAGGCCCCGCCCCCUCACGGAGCCGCGCCCCGCCCAGCAGUCUCCGCUGAUCUCGAAGGACCCCCUUCCCGGAAGGCCCCGCCUCAUCUCGCCGGAAGUCUGUCCCGCCCGGAAGUCCCGCCCCACCUGGAAGGCCCGCGCCAGGCUGAGGCCGCGGUGACGCAUAAGGUUCGAAGAGGAGAGACAUGGAAGGUUAUUAUUCCUCAACCUUAUACUACGAAAGCCCAGAUGUUAGCAGCUGUGAGGACCAGACAGACGAGACGGGCAGCGAACCUGGUGCCGUCGGGACCCUGGAGAACCCCAGGCUCGGCACCAAAAGGUUUGUCCGGGAGGCCCCGGAGGAGGAAGAGGAGUCCAGGGGCCCCCUUAGGGAGCAGGGCCUGAAGGAGGUCUACACCCAGCUUGUCCGGGGUGUGCAGGAGUGGCAGGACGGCUGCGUCUACCGAGGAGAGUUCGGGCUGGACAUGAAGCUGGGAUGCGGUGAAUUCUCCUGGCCCACGGGCGAGUCCUACCGCGGGCAGUUCUACCGGGACCACCGCCACGGCCUGGGCACCUACACGUGGCCGGAAGGUUCCAGUUUCACGGGCAUGUUCUACCUGAGCUGCCGGGAAGGCUACGGCACCAUGUACCGGAAGACGAGGCUCUUCCAGGGGCUGUACAAAGCGGACGAGCGGUUCGGGCCGGGCAUCGAGACCUACCCGGACGGCAGCCAGGACGUGGGGCUGUGGUUCCGCGCGCACCUCGUCAAGCUGUGCGAGCCGGCACCCGGCGGCUUCUCCAUCCGCAGCUACCCCGAGUUCUCAGGCUUCCUCUCGCACACGCCUGCCCGAAUCAGCCUCGCGGACGAGGAGAAAAUGGAGUGGCCCCUGCAGGAGGGGCAGGACCCCUUCUUCUAUGACUACAAGCGGUUUCUUCUGAACGACAGCCUCAUGCUGCCUCCAGAAAUGCAUGUCUACUCGACCGACAGCGGCCACCUGCCCAUGACCUCUUCCUUCCGCAAAGACUUAGAUGCCCGCAUCUUCCUCAACGAUAUCCCCCCGUUUGUGGAGGAUGGAGAACCCUGGUUUAUCAAAAACGAGACCCCCUUGAUGGUCAAAAUCCAGAAGCAAGCUUACAGGUUCAGGAACAAGAAGGCUCACACCAGCUGGAACAUGGGUGCCAUUCUGGACGGGAACCGAGGCGGCUUUGCGCACCAUGGGCCCAAGGAGCGUCUUUCCAAGGAGAUGAUCCUGAAGGCCCAGGAGGGGAAUUACGACUGGGUGUAUGGCAUCCUGAGGGACAACCUUGCCAGCCCCGACGUGGCCGACGCGACGGGCUACACCGUGCUCGCCGCGGCCGCUGUUCACUGUCACAUUGACAUUGUCAACCUCCUGCUGGAUAACGGGGCGGAUGUGAACAGGUGCACGGAUGAAGGCCUCACGCCCCUCAGCAUGUGCUUCCUCCUGUACUACCCGACCGGGUCCUUUAAGUCCAACAUCGCGGAGAGGACUAUGCCCGAGCCCCAGGAAGCUGUAAAAACCCUAAUGACUCCCAACCGCUCCUUCUCAUUAUCGGAAGCGGCCACGGAGCCAGUGUUCCAGGAGGAGCUGGUACCGGCCUCGGGCGGCCAGGAACCGAAGCCACUUUCUGCCAGGUCGGGCAGCGAGGAGGGCAGCCAGCCGUCUGAGGACGGGGACCUGAGGAGCAGCGCCAGUGAAUUAGGGAAGGCACAGGACGCAGCAUCGGGGGCCCUGGACCGGUGCACCCCCUGCAGCACUGAGACGGACUUCAAGUCCAACCGGUGCAUGCGCAACUUCUGCAUCAAGCCGUCGCAGGAGCUGCUGGAGAGGGGCGCCCAGGCGCACGGCCAGCUGAAGGCCCCCGCCGCCCCCACCGGCUCCGACAAGGGCACCGUGAGGAGGAUGGCACUGUCCAUGGUCCAACGCAGAAACCGGUGGCUGACCAUCAGGCUCCUGCUGCAGCGCGGCGCGGACCCCAACCUGAGCCGCGUGCCCAUGCAGGCCCUGUUCUUCGCCGUGAAGGCCGCCGAUGUGGACGGCGUGAGGCUGCUGCUGGAGAGCGGGGCCAGGACCGACAUCCAGUUCCCGCCCGAGCUGGGGGCCCUGACCCCCCUCCACAUCGCGGCCGCUCUCCCUGGGGAGGAGGGCGUCAAGAUCACGGAGCUGCUGCUCCACGCCAUCACCGACGUGGACGCCAGGGCGGCCGACCAGGACGACGUGUACAGGCAGAACAAGAUAGACCUGCUGCCUUCGAGCCUGAAGCUCAACAACGAAGCAGGCCCUCCCAGCACCUACUACGGAGAGCGCAGCUCCGCCACGGACGAGGGGGGCCGGACGGCUCUGCACGUGGCCUGCGAGCGGGAGGACAACCACAGGUGUGCCAGGGACAUCGUCAGGCUCCUCCUCUCCCAUGGAGCGAAUCCCAACACCCUGUGGAGUGGCCACUCCCCACUCUCCCUGUCCAUCGCCAGCGGCAAUGACCUGAUUGUGAAGGAGCUUCUGUCCCACGGAGCUGACCCCAACCUACUCCUGACUAGGGGCUUGGGCAGCGCCCUGUGUGUCGCCUGCGACCUUACUUAUGAGAGCCAGAGGAGUGUGGACAGCAGGCUGGCCCUGGUUGACCGGCUCAUUAACCAUGGGGCUGACAUCCUGAACCCUGUGACGCUCGUGCAGGGGGACAAGGUAGCCGUGGGCACGGCCGUCGACUAUGGAUAUUUCAGAUUCUACCAGGACCGGAAGAUCGCCCACUGCCCCUUCCACACGCUGAUGCCGGCGGAGCGGGAGAUGUUUCUGGCCCGGAAGAAACUCCUGGAAUACAUGGGCCUCCAGCUGCGGCGAGCUGUCCUCGCCAAGGAGAGCCAGUGGGAUCCGAAGGUGCUGCAUCUGAGCAAGAGAGUGGAGUUGGCCCCCAGUCUCCGGCUGAAGAGGAAGAGCCCCAGCCUGCCCAAGGGGCUGGACUUGGAGGAUCAGGAGCUGAUCCCCUUCUUCAAGUUCUGCUGCCAGUGCGGCCGCUCGGUCGGGGUUUGCCUCUCGCCCUGCACCCGCUGCUACGGGGUCCUGACCUGCGGCAAGCACUGCAGGACCAGAGCCUGGGCCGACUUCCACAGGAGGGCCUGCGGCGCCCUGACGGCCAUCCGGAGAAUGUAUUCAGGUCUGCUGACAAGGAAGAAACCUUUGAAGCAUCUGGGAAACGUGCCAGGCCAGAAGACCGAGACGCUUAAGCUGCCACACAGGCUGAAAUGCUCGUAUUCCACCUACAACCAAGAGUGAGCGUCUGGCGACCCACCUGCCCACGCAGGACUCCGUGAGCCUGAGGUUGCCGCCUGCCUGCCCAGGGAAGAAGGCCACCACCCCAGCCCUCCCCUCCUGGGAGGGGCACGGAGCCCACCCCAGGACUCACGGAGGGACAGGUGGGUGAGCAUGCAGCUGCUGCUGGCAGGUGUCUGGGCCCUGCAGGAGGCCCCCCUGUGCUGGGGACCCUGCUCCUCACACUCACGGGGCCUGGGGUCCCAGCCGCUAGGCCCUAAGUGGCCACGGGUGACAGAGGCUUUGUUGAAUGUUUGCCUGACAGACCAGCGUGGGCUGUGACACCCAAAUAAACUGACCCGCAGUGGCUCA